AUGGCGAGAACUGAGAACGAAAUCCAAGUUAAACAGGAAAUUAUCGAGCUGAGUCGCAAGAUGAUGCCGAAGACGAACGAUUCUCAGACGCCGGCUUGCAUUAUCAACUUGUCAAGCUCGGAUUCCGAAUCGGACUCUGAUUCCGAUUCUGAUGCUUUGUCCGACAAUGAUAUUGACGGAAUUUUUAACAAAAGGCCUCGGGAGUCUAGCGGAGAAAUUUGUGGAAACAAGAAGAAAAAGAAGAAGAAGGGAGCGGAGGAUUUAAGUUUUGUGUUGCCGGUGGGGUUUCUUGACCCUUUACCGGGUAAAGAACCGGUAUCGAGAGACUCAGAGCCUGUGUUGACGUUGCCUGCGCCGCCGCAAAGAAAUGCUGUGAUUGUGAGCGGUUGUAAGCAGUUCUGGAAGGCGGGGAACUAUGAUGGAGCGCCUUCCGGUGACUGGGAGUCGGCCACUGGUGGCAUGGAUCAUGUCCGAGUUCAUCCAAAAUUUCUACAUUCUAAUGCAACCAGUCAUAAGUGGGUUCUUGGAGCGUUUGCGGAGCUUUUAGACAAUUCAUUGGACGAGGCAUGCUAUGGACCUUCUUCGAUGAUCAGUAACAUGUUACAUGCUUGGUUUCUUUAG